UCCCUUUGUCAUUCUAGCUGCCUUCUGCCUCCGCCUGGUCCCUCCAGCUCUACGUCCCUCUAGCUCUUCCUGUGCUAACUGCCUGCGCCUUAGGGUGCGCAAAGCCAAAGGAUUGGUUGGGACCUGCCUUGGUGACCCCAUGGCGUCUCCCAGAACCGUAACUGUCGUGGCCCUCUCAGUGGCCCUGGGACUCUUCUUUGUUUUCAUGGGAACUAUCAAGUUGACCCCCAGGCUCAGCAAGGACGCCUACAGUGAGAUGAAACGUGCUUACAAGAGCUAUGUCCGAGCCCUCCCUCUGCUGAAGAAAAUGGGGAUCAAUUCCAUUCUCCUCCGCAAAAGCAUUGGUGCUCUUGAGGUGGUCUGUGGCAUUGUCAUGACCCUGGUGCCUGGGCGUCCCAAAGAUGUGGCCAAUUUCUUCCUACUCUUGCUGGUGUUGGCUGUACUCUUCUUCCAUCAGCUAGUUGGUGAUCCUCUCAAACGCUAUGCCCAUGCUCUGGUGUUUGGAAUCCUGCUUACCUGCCGCCUGUUGAUUGCCCGCAAGCCGGAAGACCGGUCUUCUGAGAAGAAGCCCUCACCACCACCAGGGCAAGCAGGGAAUGUCGGGAAUGCAGAGGAGCAGUCCUCCUUAUAUGAGAAGGCCCCUCAGGGCAAAAUGAAGUUGUCAUAGGAAAGCAAAAGUGCAAAAAGUGGACCUUCCAGGCAGUUGCCUCCAUGACACCCAGGAAGAUGCCAGUGUGUGUUUUUCAUUUGAUUUAUGUUGAGAGAAAGGGAAAAAUAGAAUCUGCAAGUUAAUGGUCCUAUUGCCUUGUGUAUACCUAUACCCUAAGAUGACUUCCCCACAUAGACACAUGGGCACCACCUUUAAUCACUCCGGGGCAACUGUCACAUCUUGCUGCAUGUACAUGUAUAUGGCUAACUACUGAAGUGUAUUUGUGCGAUGGACUCCAGCAAGCAUGUGACUGUAAGAUUAUAUGUGGGAACAUGUAUUUACUCUGUGUGUGUGUGUAUGUGUGUGUGUGUGUGUGUGUGUGUGUGUGUGUGCAAGCAUGCAGGUGCAAGAAGAAGGCUGUGAUCUUGGACUAAUCCUGCACAGGUAUUCUUCCCUUUAUGGACUGAUUCUAGUGAGGGCAGAAUAAAAUAAACCUCCUAUAAAGAGAAUCCUACUUACUUCUGAUAUAAACAAGUGCUUUGUUUCAGUGGGAUGAGGGAAUUUCCCUUAAUAGAUUAAGCUCAGAACCAAUUUAUCACUUUAGGAAAAAAUUCCUUCAAUUUGAGACACUGAGUUAUACUCAUUAGCCUCCACUGUAACAGUUGUUGAAAUUUUAAAUACUCUACAUUCAGUUUAAUUAAAACAUGGGAUAUAUGCAAGUUCAUAUAUAAUCUAAUUCUUCAAGUGAUAAAAUUGGAAGUUUCACUUUGCCUUUGCCCCAACCCAACCUACUAAGCUCCUUUACUCACAGUUUGAAACUGACACAGUAACUUGUUAACAGACAUCUUUUUUGGAUUUUCUUAAGCCAAAAGCUGCCUCACUUCCUACUAUUCUCAGCAGCUAACCAGGAGGAUUUGGCAGCUGCUCCACUGUUGCAGUUGAGGGAGCAAGGAUUAGUCCUGUUAGAAUUCUGUGAAUCUCAAAUUCUAGCUGUUCUCCUAAAUCAUCUCAAACUUGAUAGAGGAGCUGUAACCAGUGUUUCCCAGCCAAACAGACUCACUACUCCUAUUCAAUCUUCACUGAACUUUGCUAGUGUAAGCAGAGAUCCAAGUACUCCCAUGGCUGUCUUGUCUACACCUCCUUUACCAUUCUGGUGGGUGGAGUUUAUCAGGGGGACGUUUGAUAUGGGUUAGCUGGAUUGAGCAGUAUGGAACUUUGCUUUCUUCAUUCCAUAGUGCUGUUUCUCCUUGUUAAGUGUGCUUUGAUGGUUUUAAUAUUAUUGUGCCAGGGAUGGGGAGAGGGGUGGGGGUGUUGUGUGUGUGGGGAGUACAAAUUAUUGUAUUUUCUUCAGUGUCAUUGUUCUUGUUAAUUGAUACCUCUGUCUUAUUCCUCUCAUUCUUUCAAAAUAAAAAUUUUUGAAAUUUGGAAGAAA